AUGGCAGCCACAGUACAGUCUCUCUUCUCCCUGAGCGGCCGCACCGCCGUCGUCACCGGCGGCACGCGAGGCAUUGGCCAGGCCAUGGCUUUCGCUUUAGCCGAAGCCGGCGCCGAUAUCAUUCUGAUCCAGCGCGACCAGUCCAACACCGCCACCAAGGACGAGAUCAUCAACCGUCUUGGCCGCAAGGCGCACAUCCACGUUGCCGAGCUAUCAGACCGCAAGGCCGUCAAGGAGAUCAUUCCUGCCCUCGUGAGCCAAGGCUUCAAGCCCGACAUCCUGCUGAACUGCGCGGGUAUCCAACGGCGGCACCCGAGCGAGAAGUUCCCCGACGAGGACUGGGACGAGGUCCUCGAAGUCAACCUCUCUCAAGUCUUCAUCCUCUGCCGCGAGUUCGGCGCCUACCUUCUAGCCCGCGACGCCUCUGAGUUCCCCUCCGGCUGUCGGGGCUCCAUCAUCAACGUUGCCUCACUACUGACUUUCCAAGGUGGCAUCACCGUGCCUGCCUACGCCGCGUCCAAGGGCGGCGUGGGCCAACUCACCAAGGCGCUGUCUAAUGAGUGGGUGGCCAAGGGUAUCAAUGUCAACGCGAUUGCCCCUGGGUACAUUGCCACGGACAUGAACACCGCAUUGAUCAAUGAUGAGAGCCGGAAUGCCGGUAUCAUGGCGCGAAUUCCGGCCGGUCGGUGGGGCCAGCCGGAGGACUUUAAGGGCGUGGUGGUCUUCUUGGCUAGUGGUGCCAGUAGUUAUGUGUCUGGAGAGAUUAUUACGGUGGAUGGUGGGUGGAUGGGUCGGUAG